AUGGCUUCCAGCAAGACUUCGCAACUUCAUCUCUACGCUCUGCCAAAUGAGGUCUUUGUGCACAUCCUAUCUCCCUUCUCCACCCGUGACCUGCUCCCUUUGGCGACCAUCUCCCAUCGCUUUCAUGCCCUGGUCUUACGCAUCAUUCAUUAUCGCCUUCUGAUAGCCGCGGCCCUGAAAGAGUACAAGCUUAUCCUCGAAUGCUUUCACCCAAGCUCUAAGCUUACCGAACCCCACGUGUUCUGCAAGUAUCUCGGCACAGAUGGCUUAAGCGACCGAUAUGAGGGGAAGGGCUCGUUGUACGAGGACGUAGACACAGCCAAGCGACUAGGAAGACUGACCUCUCUCUAUUCACGAUUUCGUCCAGAAGUGGCCAUUGAGCAAAGGGCUAGCGGAGCGAGUGUAACUCCAUCUUCGGACCUCCGUGAGGGUGAACUCGGCCAAGAGGAUACGCCUGUGACAAGGCCUGUCAAUCUCGAAGAUUUCGAGAAUUUCUCCCAGCUAUGCGUUGUUGUGAGUGUGGUGAAGGUAGUGCCCGGAACAAAUCUCCUUUUAAGCGCCAUCGAGGUCGUAGACGGUGUGGUCAGGCUAUUUCGAGACUGGUUAAGGGAUCAAGAACAGAGGAGUAGUAGCGAUACCCCCAGCUGCUCAAGCGACGGUCCAAUUCUAUGGGUCGACGCAAGCCAGAAUGUAGGUCUCAAACUUCGAGUACGACAGAAAGAGAUAUCCGAUCAGCAAUUCCCUAUUCUUGUGCAUCGUGAUGAGAUGCCACCUGUUAAUUAUGAGGUGGACAUUGAAGAACUGCGUAUCCGUACCACACGGCUGUUACUGGCUGUUGAACAGUCACAGCAGGAACAACAAGACUACACCAGGGCUGUGAUUUUCACUCAGCCUCGGGCAGAAUAG